AACAGUACAUGGCGAUAGUUUAGCCAUGACCUUCCGGUCUGAAAACAAAGAUCAACAAAAAAAUAACAACAAAAGAUUAGCAACAGCAGCAAUAUAAUCGUUGAAUUUAUCCGUACAAGUAGUUGUGUAUCCUGCAUGUAAUAAAAUAUACCAUGUAGGUAUUUGAUAUAAUGGUUUGGCGUGUUUCAAUACAGAAAAAAGUUACUACUAUACGUAUACUCGGAUAGAUGGACUCGGACUUCUAAUUCAAGCCGAAGGUUUAAAAUUUGUUUUACAAAAUUAAACCUUUGAAGGUUAUUUUGAAAAUGGAGGAAUCAGCCAUCAGCAUGCCUCCAGCCAGUACAGCUGUUGAGAAUAGUGGGCACCCAGCAUCAAUCCACUGGUUCCGUCAUGGUCUACGGUUACAUGACAAUCCAGCUUUACUGGAGGCGCUAGAACUUGGUGGGGAUUUCUACCCUAUCUUCAUAUUUGAUGGUGAAGUUGCAGGAACAAAGACAGCUGCUUAUAACAGGAUGAGGUUUUUACUGGAAAGUCUUGAAGAUUUGGAUGAAAGCUUGAAAAAGUAUGGCGGGCGAUUGUUUGUAUUCCACGGAGACCCAGUCGAAAUUUUGUCAGGUCUUUUCAAUGAGUGGUCUGUUGAAAAGUUGACAUUUGAACAAGACCCAGAGCCUGUCUGGACUGCCAGAGACAAUGCUGUAAAGAAGUUGUGUCAAGAUACAGGCGUAGAAUUUGUCGAGAAAAUCUCCCAUACUCUUUGGGACCCUAAAGUAAUUAUUGAAAACAAUGGCGGAUGUCCCCCUUUGACAUAUAUGUUGUUCAAUCAAGUUGCUACGAUGGUAGGAGAUCCACCACGACCAAGUGUUGAGCCAGACUUUACCAAAGUCAGUAUGCCUGUCAGUGGUGAUCAUGACAAGAAAUUUGGUGUCCCUUCAAUGGAUAAGUUUGGAAUUUCACCUGAAUGUGAAGAGCAAAAUGAUCGAAUUAACAGUUGGAAAGGUGGGGAGACACAGGCACUGCGGCUGUUUGCACACAGAUUACAAGUGGAGGAAAUAGCAUUUAGCUGUGGAAAUGUGAUGCCAAAUCAGAGUUUCCCGGACUUGGUCGGUCCUCCUCUUAGUAUGAGCGCUCAUCUCAGAUUCGGAUGUCUUUCUAUCCGUAAACUAUAUUGGGCCCUCAGAGAUGCUUACACCAGAGUAAACUUAGACAAGCCUUUCACAAUAUCAGUAGUUGGACAAUUGAUGUGGCGAGAAUACUUCUACACAAUGUCUGUCAACAAUAUUAAUUACAACAAAAUGGAGGGCAAUCCCAUAUGUCUGAACGUUCCAUGGUAUAAAGAUGAUGAGAAAUUGAAGAAGUGGGAAAAUGGCGAGACAGGUUACCCAUGGAUUGAUGCCAUCAUGAAACAACUGAAGCAUGAAGGCUGGAUACAUCAUGUAGGGAGACAUGCAGUGUCAACAUUCCUUACAAGAGGGGAUCUCUGGAUCAACUGGGAAGAAGGACUGAAGGUAUUUGAUAAGUACCUUCUGGACGCGGAUUGGUCAGUGUGUGCUGGUAACUGGAUGUGGAUGUCCAGUUCGGCCUUCGAGAAAGUACUCAGCUGCCCAAAAUGUUUCUGUCCUGUACGAUAUGGAAGGAAAAUGGACCCUAAUGGUGAAUACAUCAAGCGUUACCUGCCUGUAUUGAAAGACAUGCCUACUAGGUAUCUUUAUGAGCCGUGGAAGGCACCGAAAGCAGUCCAGAAGAAAGCAAACUGUAUCAUUGGCGUUGACUAUCCACUGCCCAUAGUGGAGCACAACAAAGCUUCAAAGGAAUGCUACAAUAUGAUGAUGGAAGUGAAGAAUAAACUGGUACAACAAGGCAAAGGUAUUUUUGUGUUCUUCAUAAAAUUACCAUUUAUUUACCUGAUAUCCUGUCAAGUUAAAAUGAGGCUGCAUUAAAACUUAUUGAAUAUC